AUGACUCAAGAAAUAAAGGAGGCAAUCCUGCAGGUAUUACCUACAUUAGCAGAGGAUACCCUGUCUUUGCUGCUGACCAGACUUAACAGCAUUGGCGUGGACCGCAAGUCGGAUUUGAAAUAUGUGAAGGAGGAGGAUCUUCCAUGCAGACUGGAUUCAUCCUCCUCAUCCUUCUCAUCCAGCCCAACCAGCACAAAUAGCAGCACCAGCACAGUCGACAUAGACUCUUGGCCAGACUGUUUUAAAGUUCCUUGGGGCAAAAUGCCUCAUGCCAUAUCAAUGGCUGUGCAUUCACAAAAGCGCCCAGCUCCAAGAGACCGAAGAGAAAUGGUAGUAGAUGAAAUGAGGGUGAUUGAAGCCAAUCCUUCUAAAUCUGAUUGCUUUUCUGUUGCUAAGAAAAUAGUUAGACAGUAUCCCAAGAGCUUUGCCGAUGUCUUGAAAGAUGGCACUAAAAUUGGAAGUGGAUAUGCUUCCCUUGUCAAUCAGAUUAAAUCCAGGGUUGAACACCUGAAUAGGGACAAUGUUACAGCAAGACGCCGGAGAGGAAAAACACUGCCAAGCUCAUCCACCACCAAGAGCACCAAAGGACCAUCAGAUCAAUAUGGGUGUAUCAGUUGGCAGCCUGAGUGUCCUACUGGGGAAACUGAAGACAGCCUUAAGGGAAAAAAAGAACAAAUGCAAGAGAUGUUUUCAAGAGAAGGUCCAGUGGGGGGAGAGAGAGGAUGUGUCGACCAGCUAAUGCAUGUUACAUCCUACCUGCAACGUAAGUCUAUCAACGCAAGUCCACCUCACACAAUUGCUGAGCUUAGAAAAGAUUGGCCAUAUCUCUUCACUCAGAAAGGCCUCUACAGUCACUUUCAGCAUCUUACUGACAUAAUGGAGGGAUCCUGGAAAAAAUGGAGGAUCCUCCAGUUUUUUAAGCCAAAGCAAUUGAAGCAGGUGCUGUCCAUGUUUGAGGCCAGUGGGUCUACCGUAGUUGGACCUUGUGUUAUCCUGUGCUUAAUGGCACACUUCAAAGAGAACCCAGAUGGACUACUGUUACAAGUUGAUGAAACAGCCACUCCUGCAGACGUGGAGAGAUUGCCUUUACCAGAUGCUCCAAGAUUAGUUAUUCAAGGGAACAAAUUUGUUUCCAACAAAUGGAUGCUAACCAUCGAAAAACAAGUGGUGAUGACUCCACAUUCAAGCUUCACUGCAGGCCUGGCCACUUUGUUUGCAACCUUCUAUACCUUGGCUCUAUACCAAGAGGAGGCUUCAUGUGUCCUUGAAUUCAUCCAAAGGUGCUUUGUGGGAAUCAACCCAGACACCGGCUCCAAGGCUUCAAGUGGAAAGAAAAAACGUCACACAAUCAAUGUAAAUGUCUGCACUCUUUUAUGCAAGCUCAUGGACUUUGACUGGCUUGGUUUUUAGGCACUCGCAAAGCCACUCUCUCAUUUUCUAAAUGUUUUUUCCAGGCGUUUAUUGCUUUUGGUAACAUUCAUCUUGUUUUAAAAAUCCACUCAUGGACUUUGACUGGCUUGGUUUUUAGGCACUCACAAUGUUUUUCCAAUGUUCAAUUUUCAGAUGUUUAUUGCUUUUGCUAACAUUCAGCAUUCUUGUUUUAAAAAUCCACAUAAUGUUUUGUCAUUGUAAGUGCGUGCUACCAACCCCAGAAUGUUUGUCCGGUUUGUGGUGUAUUGGCUGCGUUAAAAGCCCUAUUGGCGGCAGGAAAAACAAUGAGAAUUGGUGCAACAUAGACCGAAUUAGUGGCCCGCCAGCUAAAGCUAGGACACUUUCCUUAAGUUUCACUCAAAGUGCCCCAUCAGGUUAGCCUUAGCUACCGGGUCAUUAUUUCGGUCUAUGUUGUCCCAAAUGUUGUUAUUGUUUUUUCUACAGAUAGCACUAUACUAAGUGACGUUAAACAGCAGGGCUAUGGAUCGAAUAUUCGGGCUAUGUCCAGCCCAAUAUAAACAAGAAAUGUGUCAUAUAGUCACAGUGCAUUGAAUGAAUGGUCUGAAACUUCUCAGGUUAAUAGAUAUUAUUAUGAUGAUAUCUAGACAUC